GUUAACCAAAAGAGAUUAUGUUUAGUUGACGUAAAUGCAUUGUCGAAGCUGUGCACAACGUAUAUAUCAUUACAAUUCUAAAAAGUAUUAGUAAAGUGUGUUAAACGUGAGUUGCGAAAGCCAAUGGGUCAGUCUAGAAGGAGAAAAAAAAAUGCGUAAAACAUGGAUUAAAAGAGAUAAUAUUUACCAUAAACCAUUGUACAAGCAAAAGCUCAAGUUUACGUUGUUUCUCGUUGUUCUGAUGGGAAUAUCAUUUUUUAUAUAUCAGUUGGUGUAUAUUAGUCAGUUGCUUACACUGGAAUCAAAUCAUGUGGUACAUGAAACACAUUUGCUUAAACAGAAUCCCAUUACAUCGAUUAGUUUGGAUGGACGACAUGAGGUUGAUAACCUCCAAGGCCGAUUUGGGAAACUCACCCAAGAGCAGAAUUACAAAUCACGGAAUAAGACAAACUCAAUUCCAAACAUUUCGGAAGAAAUUUCAUUCGUUUAUCCGAAGAAAAUAGGCAAUGCUGAACGACACAUUUUUCGUGGCAUUCGAGUGGUUGACCUACACCGUUAUAGCGUAAAUAAAGGCGUAAAGAAUUUCCGAUGCUUUACCUCUUUAAGAGAAAUUCCUUGGGAGUGGGUUAACGAUGACUAUUGCGAUUGUCCGGAUGAUGGAAGCGAUGAACCUAGUACAAGCGCAUGCCCCCGAGGACGGUUUUACUGUAAAUUUCAAAGGCGACAUAAUACGGGCCGCGGAAAAGAUAUGUUCAUAUCGAGUGGUAGAGUAAAUGAUGGCAUUUGUGAUUGCUGUGAUGGUUCUGACGAAUGGUUGACUCGAAGAAGCACGGGUCCAUCUCAUCUCUGUGGGGAUGAAUGUAAAACAGAAUAUUGACUCAUCUCUCUGUUAGUAAGAAAAGUGGUUGACCAACUAAUUGGCACAUGAAACCACCAUCUUAAAAAUAUUCAAUAAGUUGUAUGAAAGCGAGGUUUGAAACUCAACAUCGCUAAACGAAACAUGUUCACGACCGAUUUUGAUAAGUAUAACUAUUUUACGCUCAAACAAAUCUCGCCGAACGUUUCAACAUAAUCGACGAAAACUCUAUCAAUACGGUGAGAGCUACAACAUUUUUAUCUGUUUCCCUGGGAACCAAGCACUUUUUGUUCACAUUUUUUUGGCAAUGAUAUGAUAGCAAUGGCCCCAUCUCACACGAACCCAUGGCCCUAUCUCACAUCUUAUUCAAAAUCUAAUUGAAUAAAAAUAGAUUUAAAGGUGAAAAAUUAAUGGUUUGAAUACAAUCCUGGUUGAUUUCUUUGUAUGUUAUUGUUUUUGUUUGGUUCUAUAAUACAGGGUUUCACACUUUAUCUCAAGACCGCGGGACCCCUUCCCGAAUCUGUCUUAGUCAAAGCCAAGACUGUGGUGUGAUGCUUGAAAACGUUGAUGAUACCUGAAUUCAUCGGAUGCAAUGCUGAAUCUGCGGCACAUUUCUCGGAACACACUGGUCCGCGUCGAGGACACGUGGUCGAUUUUUUUUACACGUAUAACCUUUGGGUACGUCAGUGUACUGAAAACAGUUAAUUUUUUUUUCGUGUUUUUACCAAAAAAGAUUAUUUAAACAGUUGAAGCUACUUUCUUAACACUUCGAAAUAUUUUAAUUAAACAAAUAUGCAUUCACUCAUUUUAUUAAAUUGUCUUUUUUUGGUAAAAAAAAACGAAAAGGAUAAUUGAGUGUUUCUAAUAGACUGAUGUACACAAAGGUUACCCGUGUAAAAAAAUAUUCGACCGCAUGUCCUCGGCGCGGACCAGUGUGUUUCGAGAAAUGUGCCGCAGAUUCAAGGUGGAUUUAAAAAUAUCAGGUGGUGGACUCUAGUGCAUUUUGACAAUUCGUCACUUGACGUAAGGUCCCCAGGAUUCAAAAUUUGUUUACAUUAAUUAAAUUUGUUCAUAUAAUUUAUCUACCCCAUUUUUUCGAAUAAAUAUUCUUUAAAAAUAUA